AUGGAAAAACUAAAGGCAACACGCACCAAGUUAAAGUCCAGCCUCACGCGGCUGCUGACACUUUCGGAGAAUCCGCCUGAAAACUGCACAGCGGAUGUGGUGGAUACUAUGAUGACCAGACUCGACAACGUGUGGAAGGAGUUUGAUCGGUCCACUGAUGAUAUGUUUGAAUUUCAAGAAUCGCAAGGUUACGUCGACCCCAUGGGUGACUACGGAGAUUAUGAGAUGAAGUACUUAACUGCACAACUGCACUUAAAGGAACUGGGAAAAUUGGUUAACCCAGUAAAAGCAACUAAGGUCGUGGACUCCAGUGAGGGAGUCAACGAAGUAGUGUCGCAGAUACUACACAAGCAGAUGGAACUUCAACGGGAGUUUUAUGAAAGCAUGACAGUAAGUGGAGCUGCCUGUUCGGCGUUAGGGGGACAGGUCCAGCUGCCCAAAUUACACAUCAAGCCUUUUGGUGGCGACUACCUGGAGUGGCCAGCCUUUAAGGAUUUAUACGAGAGUACCAUUCACAACAGGGUGAAUCUGGAUAAAGCUCAGAAGUUUCAAUAUCUCAAGUCUUUUCUCUGUGAUGAGGCUGCAAGUUUAAUAAAUCAUUUGCCGUUAACAGGAGCGGCGUACGAAACGGCUUGGGCAGGCCUAAUGGAACGUUAUGAUCGACCUCGUCAUGUCGUUAACUCGCUGUUGGAUAAUUUUAGACGUCUACCAUCAACAAGGGUGACAGAUGUAACCAUUCUACGAAAGAUUGCCGAUGGGGCGAGUGAAGUUGUACGUGGCCUAGAUGCACUUGGCCAAACUAAUCGCGACUGCUGGGUGAUCUAUUUUCUACUGGAUAAAAUUGAUGCAGAGUCUCAAUGCAAGUGGGUGUCCUACAGCCGUAAGAUAACCACUCUAUUGCCAAAGGAUGAAGUCGACCCGGCCGUUUUGAAAGUUUUCGAUGGGUUAGAACUGGCUGAUCUACCGGAAACCAACGUUAAGCAUGUGGACAUUUUGUUGGGUAGCGACUACGUGUGGUCCGCAUUCACAGGAGAGAAGGUAUUAGAUAAGCAUGGAAAUAUAAUUGCAAUAUCCACAAUAUUCGGGUUUUGGGAAUUGGAAGAAUUAAGUGGCAGUUUGCCGCCGACUGCUGAUGAUUUAAAGGUCGAGAAUCAUUUUCGCUCUACACACUUUCGUGACUCAAAUGGGAGGUAUAGUGUUGAGCUUCCAUUUAAGAACUCGGAUGUUAAGUUUGCAGAUACUCUUCAGGGAGCAACAUCACGAUUUUAUUCAGUAGAACGUCGACUUCAGAAAGAUAAAAGGUUAAAGGAAGAGUACACCAAGUUCAUGCGCGAAUAUAUUGCUUUGGGACACAUGCGCAUCCUUGAUGAGUCAGAGAAGACGAGUGCACCUAAAGAACACAUGUUCUAUAUGCCUCACCAUCCGGUUAUUGCUGCCAAGAUUCUAUUGGAAGAUUUCUAUGUGGACGAUGUCCUGACCGGAGCAAACACGGAAGAUCAACUUAUACGUAACAAGGAUGAACUUAUUCAACUAUUAGGUCGCGCACAGCUGGAGCUUGGGAAAUGGGUAUCCAAUACCCACGGAAUCGGCUCUUUAGAAGAAGCAGCAGCGACAAGUGUGACUGGAGAUGCCUCCUCCGUCAAGGUAUUAGGAAUACAUUGGGAACCAAAGUCUGACAUCUUCACAUAUGGUAUAAGGUUGAGCGAAUGCACAGAAAGUUCAAAAAGACAAGUAUUAUCAGACGUAUCACGCAUAUUUGACCCGCUUGGUCUACUGGCGCCGGUCAUUGUUCAAUUCAAGAUCCUUUUCCAAGAGCUCUGGCUUCUUAAUCUAGAUUGGGAUUCACCGCUUCCAACCAAGCUGGCAGACCGAUGGCGUAAGUAUCGCGAAGACAUUAUCAACAUAAGGCAGUUAAAGAUACGGCGUCAUAUUGGGUAUGUCGGCAGACGAAUAGAGUUCCACGCCUUCUCAGACGCCUCAAUAAAAGCAUACGCAGCAGUCGUAUACUCUCGGAUCGUGAACCAGGAUGGCAGCAUAGAGGUUUCACUGAUUGCAGCGAAAACACGGGUCGCUCCACUUAAGCAGCAAUCGCUCCCUCGUUUGGAAUUAUGUGGCGCACUUCUGCUAAGUCGGCUGAUCGCAUCAAUUAAAUUAGCUUGGAAGGAUCUAGAAAGCACCGUAUAUGCUUGGUGUGAUUCGACAAUUGUGUUGGCAUGGUUGAACCACUUGCCAGCUAGUUUAAAGACGUUCAUUGGCAAUCGUACUGCCGAGAUAUUGGAAGUAAUACCAAGGGACUCGUGGCGCCAUGUUAAUACCAAGCAGAACCCCGCAGACUGCGCUUCUAGAGGAAUGCUGGCUGAGGACUUACUCCCGUUUACUCUCUGGUGGAAGGGUCCCGACUGGCUGGCUGAGACACAUCUUAACUUAGGUAACGAAGAUGAUAUACAAAUCUCUAACUUAAUUUCAGAAGACGAGUACCGAAAAGAGUUGAAGGCUACAGUAUUAGUUACUCUCGCGGAAACCAUGAACGAGUCAUCUCCCCUCGAAGAACUCAUUGGUCGUGUUUCUUCCUGGCCGAGACUUGUGCGCAUUGUGGCAUAUAUUUUACGAUUCAUCAGACACAUGAAAAACCCCCAAGAAAAGUCAGACAAUUUCGCCGUAACCUAUGACGAGUACAAGGCAGCCAGGAACCUAUGUUUGCAGCAAGCUCAAGACGAAUGGUAUAAAGAACGAAAAGCGCUACGAAAUGAAGGAUGCGUACCAAAAGGCUCUAAGCUGUGUACCCUGACGCCGAUUUUAGAUGACAAUGGGCUUCUACGUGUAGGAGGUCGACUCAAUAAUUCAGAGUUAUCAUAUUCAGCCAAGCAUCCGCUCAUCUUGCCGAGGAAGCAUCGCAUAUCUCACCUAAUUUUGGAACACGAGCAUCAACAUAAUCUACACCCAGGAGUUUCGGCCCUCUUUGUCAUCGUUCGUCAACGUUUCUGGAUAAUGGGAGCCAGAAAUCUGAUUCGUAAAGUUACUCACAACUGUAUAAAAUGCUUCAGACAGCGAGCACAUACCAGCAACCAACUAAUGGCCGCACUACCGGCAGUGAGAGUUCGGCAAGCAUUUCCGUUCGAAAAUACAGGUUGUGAUUAUGCUGGCCCAAUCAUGAUGAAGACACACAAAGGAAGGACCGCUCGAAAGGAAAAGGGAUACAUAUGUCUCUUCGUAUGCAUGGCAACCUCAGCUUUACACUUGGAGCUGGCAACAGACCUUAGCACUGAUACAUUUUUGGCUGCUCUUAGACGUUUCAUUUCACGGCGAGGCAAAUGUGUGACAAUGUUCAGCGACAAUGGACGAAAUUUUGUGGGAGCCAAAAGAAGUCUUAACGAAAUGGAACAAUUAGUUCAAUCCCAGCUGCACAAUAACAAGAUAGCAGAGGCGUUAUCGAUCGAAGGCAUCAACUGGAAGUUCAUACCGCCACAUGCGCCCCACUGGGGAGGCAAAUGGGAAUCGGGUGUGCGCUCUGUGAAGCUUCAUUUACACCGAGUAAUCGGCCACGCCGUUCUUACAUUCGAACAAAUGCAUACGUUGUUAACACAGGUGGAAGCGGUGAUCAACUCAAGGCCUCUUUGUGCCACUUCCGAUACAGAGGUUGGAUAUCUCUCGCCCGCUCACAUGUUGAUCGGUCGUCCUUAUACCACAGUGCCAGAUGGAGAUUUGGACCAAGUGCCGGCAAACCGAUUGGAUUACUGGCAGCAAUCUCAGGCCAUGUUACAAGGCUUUUGGAAAAGGUGGCAUCUUGAGUACCUUACGUCGUUGCAGCAAAGGCCAAAAUGGUUAAUGAAAUCGGCAAACCCGAGGCCUGAUGAUCUCGUUCUAGUAAAGGAUUCUCAUACUCCUCCGGCUUCUUGGAUCCUGGCCCGCAUUAUCGAGACGAUUCCUGGCCCAGACGGUCUAGUACGAGCCCUUAAGUUAAAGACAGCUACAGGAGAGAUGACCCGUCCCAUAACCAAGGUGGCUCCCCUGCCAGUUUCAGAAACAUUGUUUCAGGGCCCGGCGUUGCAUGGUCACACCGUUUUGGCUGAUGCAAUAGAAAACAGGAGCUUCUAUGUGAAAUGCGGUGAUGAAAACUCUGUCAUCAAAGACGUCAGAGCCGGAGUCCCCCAGGGAAGCGUUCUCGGCCCAGUGCUCUACACCCUCUACACAGCUGACAUGCCGAUACUCAACGAUCCCAAACUCCUAACUGCAACAUACGCGGAUGACACUGCCUUCAUGGCAACCAAGGCUAGUGCCACAGGAGGCUAG